UGCAAGAAAGGAUAUGUUGGAGAACGCUGCAACAUAACCUGUCCAUCAUUAUGCAAUAAUUGUGACCAGUUUGGUGUUUGUACAGAGUGCAAACCAGGUUAUUCAAAUGAACAAAACCAGUGUACAUGUAAAAGAGAUAUAUGUGUGAAUCAGUUAGAUUGCAAAUCGUGUACAAAUACAUAUUUCUUUGCAAAUGGUGGUGACUGUUGCUUAUGCAGUCUUGAUAAUUGUGUUUCCUGUUCGAUGGCUUUAGACACCGUUAUAUGCAAGAUUUGCAAAGACGGAUAUUAUCCAAGCAUUAAUGGAGAGUGUGAGCUUUGCAAAUCACAAUGCGUCAAUAAUGAAUGCGAUACGUCUUCGGGAGAAUGUUAUCAAGGAUGCACAAAUGGAUACUGGAAUAAAACCUGUGACAAAUCGUGUGAUCCAGAAUGUGUAUCUUGCAGUCAAUCAGAUGGAGCGUGUACACAUUGCAAGAAUAAUACCAAAUAUGGACCUACCUGUAGCAUGGAAUGCAGCACUAACUGUAAAAAUUCAAUGUGUGUCAUUAAUGGAGAUUGCACAAAUGGAUGCAUUAUAAACAAGUUUGGAAAACAAUGUGAACAAACAUGUGAGAAUUAUUGUACGCAAAAGGAAAACAGAACAGUUUGUUCUGAAAAGACAGGAAUAUGCUUGUAUGGCUGCGAAAAGGGUGACAAGGGAUCAUUUUGUCCUUCGGCACAAGCAAAACAACAAAUGUCAACUGCAUCACUUGCUGGGGGAGUUGGAGGUGGAGUUGUUGCUCUUGCUGCCAUUGUGGUCGUUGGAUUGAUUUUGCUUCGAAGCAGAAGAGGCAAUUUGAGCAACAAAAGUGAGCGACCUGAAAAAGAGCAUGAUAACUCUUCCGCGUUAUACGCAACGGUGAACAAAGGAAGUGCACAAUAUGCCAAUGAAGAUACCGUAAAUCUCCACUCUGUCACCAAUAUUGAAAACACCAAUUACCAGAGUCCAUCACCGAAGAGUUCUGACAAGGAAAAUACACGUAUUUUUACUGAAGACAAUCUUGAAAUCGAGGCAGAUGAUGUUUCUGCACGAGAAAUCACAAACAUGUUUGAGAAUAAUGAAGGUGUUUAUUACAACAAUACAAGAGCAAUCAGCAAAUUCAAACUGACUGUUGUCGAACUACCUGAUUAUGUACAAAAACUAUGUAUAAAGGAUCUUGAAGAAGAAUUUAAGAAAGUACCGUACGAUCUCGUGAAACCGUAUGAAGUUUCGCAAACGAAGCUAAACAUGCACAGAAACAGAUACAAAGGAAUAUAUCCGUAUGAUGAUACGCGUGUUUUAGUACGCGGAGGAGACACAGACUAUAUCAAUGCAAGCUAUAUAGACGGUUUCAGGAAACGAAAUGCAUACAUAGCUACUUUGGGUCCAAUGGCUAAACAGCUGGGCGAUUUCGGUCAAUUCUGGCGAAUGGUCUGGCAACAGAAAGUGGAGAAGAUUGUCAUGUUGACCAACUUGGUUGAGAGUUUGAAAACCAAAUGUGAGCAAUAUUGGCCUGAUCAUGGUCAGAGAAAACUAUAUGGCGAUAUAGAAGUUGUGUGCAAGGUUAACAAAAUGUACGCAGAUUUCAUUUGGAGACAGCUAACGAUUUCCAAGGGUAAAAAGAAUUCUGAAGAAAGAAAUCUGCAUCACCUUCAGUUCACAGCGUGGCCAGACAAGGACAUUCCUGAUAACGUCACAUCAAUUAUACAGUUUAGGCAGAAAGUGAACGCAUUGCCGAGUACCUUUGUCGGACCAGUGAUUGUGCAUUGCAGUGCGGGCGUAGGAAGAACGGGCACCUACAUAGCUCUGGACAUACUAACUAACGAGGGUGAGGCAGAAGGAGCUAUAGAUAUCCCGGGAUGUGUUCUCAAUAUGAGACAGAACAGACCAAGCAUGAUUCAGACUUUGAGUCAAUACAAGUAUCUACACGAAGCUUUGGUCCAUUCAUUGACACUUGAUUGCUCGUUGAUAAAAAGGAAACACUUCCAUGAAUAUAUGAGUAUGAUGUCCAGCAAACAGGUGAUACAGAAGCAGUUUGAGAAAAUGCAAUUGAACCAGGAGCAAAAGUCAGAUCAGGAACUACAGGCUAUGGAAAGGAAUCGGCUUCUGGCAAAAAAGAACAGGAAACACGCAGAUAUACCAGGUGAUACAAACAGACCACUUCUUCAUCUGUUUUUGAAACCAGGCGAAUCUGAUUACAUCAAUGCGAUCUACAUCAACAGUUACAAAACAAAAAACCGUUUCUUGGUUGCACAAACACCACUGCCUGACACGGUUUCCGAUUUCAUUACACUUGUUGUUCAAGAAAAGUGUUCUUGUAUUGGGAUUGGCUUAUACGUUCCUGGUGACAAUAUAUCGAUGAAGAAAGGUCUGGUUUCCAUACUUUCCACCAUAGAUCAAAGUACAAAACGUUUUGUUAAACGAACGCUGCAUGUCGAACACGACGGAAAAACCAAGUCGGAGUUCAGAAUACCACACUAUGAAUAUCCGGACUGGGAUAGAAGUCACAAUACUCCGAGGUCGGCAGAACACUUUGUUGCCUUCAUCAAAGAGGUUGAAGACGUAUCCGAAUCAUCUCACAUGAACGGACCGAUACUUGUGCAUUGUAUGAACGGUGCUGGAAAGAGCGGCCUUUUAUGUGUUGUCUUGACAUUACUUGAAACACUGAGUGAAGAUAAUGAAGUCAGUGUGGUUAAUGCGGUGAGGAAAGUCAGGGCUAGACGACCGCUUUCCAUUCCAAAUAAGGAACAGUUUUACUUUUGCUACGAGUGUGUUCUUCAAUCCUUGAAUGCAACAGAUAACGAUGUGUAUUACAACACAAGUCGGGAUGUCCAUAGGGAAUGAACACAGCUGAACAAUUUGAAACAAUGACACUUGGUGUGUUGCCCUUGACACGAGCAUCAUAGAUAAAUAUGACAUGAUCAGCUACACUAUUUCUUAUUUGCAGACAUGGGGAAACUUGCAAACGUAACAUGAUUGCAGUUAUGCAUAAUCGUUAUCACAUACUUUAGCAAAGGCUAGCAUUUCAUCUGUCAGUCAAAAUAGUGUGUUGUAAAACAACACCCUUAUUUUUGCAUAAUUAAUACUUUUAUGAUUUGUACCACUCUGUAGUGUUUUAUUUAAUCAAAACUAUAUCCCAUAGAGAAGGCUUAAUAUGCAAACUUACCGUGCAAUAGGUAACAUUUGAUUAGAUACAGCGAUAUCUCAAUAUUCGCACAGCUCUACUUGUACAGAAAGCUUGCCGAUAUAAUAUAGAAAACAUACUUCAACGAACCCUCGUGACUGAAACGUUCAUAACUGGAGCUUCGCACGCGUUGUGAAUAAUUUUGGUCGUGAAGUUGAUGAAGUGGAUGCAGUACGUAUUGCUUUAAUGUUUAAUGAAUGCAUUGUACAUUAAAAUUAUCAUGUUAUUUAAUAUAUAUGUAAACGUGUUUACGUCAUUGCAAUUAAACUGUUUUAUUUCAUUUUUAUAUUAAUACCUUUGUAUUUAAACUUUUAAUGUUUUUGCAUUGAUAAAUGUUCCAAAGAAAAGAAGAUCUACACGUUAUAGUACAGUUUAUGGACUAUUUUCAUCUGAGUGUUUCGGAUGGGCAUAAUUAUUGCUUCACAGUAUAUGUUAUGUUUUAUUUUCGUUAUAUUUUUAAUUUAAAACAGGUUUCUGAUAUGCUAUGUUUCUAUCAAUUUGCAUUAGCCUCGAACAUGCAUUUCUAUUAAUACUAUACAGUUUAUUCAUAAAUGUAUGCAUUAUUAUUGAUUAAAAGGCAGA